AUGGCAUAUAUGAUCAGAGCUCCAUGGGCAGCGUUUGUGGGCGGAUACUCCACAUCUUUCUUUCUCCAGUAUCUCGACGUUGCGCUGUUGAGCAGGUAUAGCUUCGAAGAAGUGGACCUGAAGAAGAGUGAAACAUCCCCUGCGAUUACCCUCGAAUCAUUUUUACCUCGCAUCAAAUGGGCCAUAUCGCUUCUCGUGAAUUUCCGAUUCAUCGAUACUUCCCAAUCCCUCAAGAAUAUACCGCAAUUUUCUAAUGGAAAUCCCGCUUACAUCCCAAGUCGUAAACGCUUCCUGUGCGAGACCGCUGAUACAGCAGCUGUAUCUUACCUUGUACUCGAUCUUCUAACAUCAACUGGCGAUCCAGAGAUGUCGUCCAAAUAUCUCUCAUUGGCAAACAUCCCGUUCUUCAAUCGACUUGCAACCAUCUCUGGAAUAGAAAUACUCAUCUGUUUAUCUGCAACAAUAUGCUUGGGGAUCAGUAUGAAUUACGUUCAAGGAGGGAUAUACAGCAUCAUGGGUUUCUUCUCUGUACUAUUCGGUAUCAGCUCGCCGAAAUCAUGGCCACCAUUCUAUGGACAUUUGCUACAGGCUUCGUCAUUGAGAAAGUUUCUGGGCUUCAUACUUUCGGAUCUGUAUGAAUUGGAUCCGAAAGCUCCAUUGACCCGUUACCUGAGGCUGGUGAUUAUCUUCCUCCUUUCGGGGCUGAUGCAUCUCUGCAUCGACAUUGCAAGCGGUAUACCUCUGCAGGAUUCUGGUGCUUUCAACUUCUUUCUUGUACAAAUUGUUGGGAUCUUGAUGGAGGACGCCUUUUCGAAAAUCCGUCAAGCGCUCUUCAAUCCAGACAACCACCAGAGUCUUGCCAAGCGUCUCUUUGGAUGUGUUCGGGUCUUGACAUUCCUCAGCUGGUCUGUGCCUGUGUAUUUGUAUCCGAUGCUGAGCAGAUCUGGACCGGAACAUUCUACGAUUCCAUUCAGUAUUGUCAAUAAACUCAGACAUGGGACAUGGUAG